AUGGGUACAUCAACUGAAGAGGAUAAUGUGUCGAUUGUGACACUCGAUCCGAGAGGUGAUCCGCCAGCAAUUCAAGUCUCCAUGAGCCCAAUGACUUCGGUGCCAAAUACGCCAGCACCAAGUCCACCGCCUUUGCCGCCGCCAUUGGUGAAGAAUGCUGUUCUCCAAAUCGAUCCCACUCUUCCAUUUAAGGAUUCGAAAAACAUCGAAAACAACGACGAGAAAAUGUACGAUUCGCCGCGGUAUCACACAACGACGACAGUCGUCGAAACUACCGAAUACAUGCAGAAUGAUGGUCCCACGGUUCGGGUCGAUCUCCCACGAUUAGAUUGCGAAUACAUUCGGACUCUUGGCGGAAUUAUGAAAUGUGUUUGUAUCGUCUUGUGCCUUCUCACAUUCCUUUUCGUCAUGAUGGGUCCCGCAUAUUACACCGGUGUUGGAUGGGCUACUUUUGUCUCAUCAAUCGGCAUCUUCGUGACAACAUCAUUGCUCACCUUAUACCUAUUCCGAGUAGUUGAUUCCCUUCCACAGAUCAAUUGGAUUGUCGGGGAAAUGGUGUUUUGUUUCGCUUGGACCGUUUUCUUCUUCAUUGCCGCUUGUGUGCUCGCCGUCGCUGCUGCUCAAUUUCGAGACACUUUUGCGUGGGCGAUUGCAGCGUUCUUCGCGUUUGGAGCAAUGUGCGCCUACGGAUUUGAUUGCUAUUUGAAAUUUCUGGCUUGGAAAAACAAUGAGAAGGCCACUGGCGGAGCAAACCAGAUUGUCAUUGAGCAACAGAGACGGAAUUUCGUCUAA